GAACCCAACCAGGGAACCAGGGAACCCAACCAUGGAACCAGGGAACCAGGGAACCCAACCAGGGAACCCAACCAGGGAACCAAGGAACCCAACCAGGGAACCCAACCAGGGAACCAGGGAACCAACCAGGGAACCAGGGAACCCAACCAGGGAACCAGGGAACCAGAUAACCCAACCAGGGAACCAGGGAACCCAACCAGGGAACUAGGGAACCCAACCAGGGAACCAGGGAACCCAACCAGGGAACCAGGGAACUGUUGGAUCCCAACCAUGGAACCAGGGAACCCAACCAGGGAACCAGGGAACCCAACCAGGGAACCAAGGAACCCAACCAGGGAACCCAACCAGGGAACCAGGGAACCCAACCAGGGAACCAGGGAACCCAACCAGGGAACCAGGGAACCAGAUAACCCAACCAGGGAACCAGGGAACCCAACCAGGGAACUAGGGAACCCAACCAGGGAACCAGGGAACCCAACCAGGGAACCAGGGAACUGUUGUCAGAGAAUGUGUAACUUGUUAUCUUCCUAA